CACCGGCAACAACAAACGACUCCAAAAAGUCGUUUCCCUUUUCCCCCAAAACAAACGCCUAAGAAUCAGAAAACAAAUCUCCGGCCCGGAAACGACUAACAUUCAGUCGCCUGAACUUUCGGUUCCGGCUAAGAGCUUGAUGGAGCUGCUGACCCCAUCGGUCCCGGGACCGGUUGGUAUUAGAGAUUUAUUUUCCGGUCUGUCAAGUUUCAGGCGCGGGUCUUACCAGAGGGACCACAAGGAGGUUAUGGCUUCCCAACAGUUGCCGGAAGUUUCGGAGGAAGCCGGCGGGAAAAUCCACGUGGCCGUGGGGAGGAAGAAAGAGGACAAGGCUGUAGCUCUGCUUCAGUGGGUUUGCAGAACUUUUGGGAACUCUGAGAUUUGUAUUCUUCAUGUUCAUCAGCCUUCUCCUUUGAUUCCCACUCUUUUGGGAAGACUACCGGCAAGCCAAGCUAAUCCGGAAGUGGUAUCUGCCUUCAGGAAUGAGGAGAGGGAACUGAUGAGGAAACAUCUUAAUAGUUACAUGAAAAUAUGUUGCAGAUUAAAGGUUAAAGCAAGCAUUAUUACAAUUGAAGCAGAUCAAAUUCAUAAGGGAAUUGUCGAUAUGGUAAAUGAACAUAAUAUUACGAAGCUUGUGAUUGGAGCUAUUCCAGAUUGUAUGAAGGCAAAAAAGAUCUCUAGGAAAGCAAGUUAUGCUGCCAAAAAUGCCCCGUCAUUCUGCAAGAUAAUGUUUGUCAACAAAGGGAAACUUGUUUUUACUAGACAGAUUCCUGAAUUCUCGGACUCAGUUGUAGGUCAAUCUCCCAUUAGUCUCUCGCAGCCCACCACUUCAAAUAUUAUACGAUCUCAAUCUCUACGGUUACCUAAGAACGAGAUUAUUGUCCUUCCAGAAUCUUUCCGCUCUGGCUCUGCUAGGCACAUACUCCCUGCUGGAAUAGAAAAUUUGACUCAUGUAAAAGAAAUUGAGCUGGAUGUUGCUUCAUCUGUCAUUCAAUUGGAUUCGGGCACACCCAAUGCGUGCACAUCCUCAACUGUGUAUAGCACUAGAAGCUCUAGCACUAGUAGUGGCUAUACCUCAUCUGCUGAACAGCGAUUGUCUCCAGAUUCAUAUACAACAUCUGGAGAAGAAAACCUAAAUGAACAGCUUCGAGAAAUCAAAUUAGAAUCUGAAUCAUCAAGGAAUGAAUUGCUUGCAGAGAUUUUGAAGUGCAAUAGAUUGGAAGCUGAAGCAGGAGAAGCUAUGAGGAAGGCUAAAGCUUGGGAAUGUGCACAUGUUCGUGAAGUUGAACUCAGGAAAGAAGCUGAGCGUGCUCUGAGAACUACAAUAGAGGAACAAGAAAAGCAUUUGGAAGAGAGAGAAGAGAUAUCAUGCAAGCUGCAAAUGGCCAUGAGAAAUAUAGCUCUCCUAGAUAGUCGUGCACAGGAAGCAAACAAUCGGUGUGAAGAGGUUGCAGGAGAGUUAAAGCUUAUACAAAAUUCCAUAGCAACUCUCCGGAAGGAGAAGCAGAAGCUUCAGCAACAGAAAGACGAGGCCGCACAUUGGCUUAACCGCUGGAGGAGUAGUGGAAAGGCUAAGGGCGUAAAUACAAAUGGGGCCAUCAACUUCAGAGUAGAUUCAAGUGAGUUGGUGGAAUUUUCAUUUUCGGAUUUGCAGAUAGCAACUUGCGAUUUUUCAGAGAGCUUCAAGAUUGGAGAGGGUGGAUAUGGUGGUGUCUAUAAAGGGGAAUUAUUAGAUAGAUCAGUUGCCAUAAAGAAGCUGCAUCCUCACUAUAUGCAAAGGCAAUCAGAGUUUCUUCAACAGGUCCAAAUUCUAGGAAAACUUCAUCAUCCUCAUCUGGUAACUUUACUUGGCAUAUGUCCUGAAGAAUGGUCCCUUAUUUAUGAGUAUAUACCUGGUGGGAACCUCCAGGACCGCCUUCUCCACAAGAAUAAUAUUGGAUCUAUUAGUUGGAAAAUCCGCUCACGCAUUGUUGCUGAAAUUGCUGAAGGACUUCUUUUUCUACACUCUUCCAACCCUGAAAAGAUUGUACAUGGUAAUCUGAAGCCUGAAAAUAUCCUUCUUGGUUCUGACAACAGUUGCAAAAUAUGUGAUUUUGGAAUUUCUAAGCUAGUCCCUAACCAAACCCUGCGUUGCCCAAGCUUCCGACGUCUUAGUGUGCCAAAGGGUGUUUUUUCAUAUACAGAUCCAGAGUUUCAUGUCACUGGGACCCUGACACCUAAGUCAGACAUUUAUUCGUUUGGGUUAAUCAUACUUCAGAUACUCACUGGACGGACUCCAGCAGAACUGUACAGUGAAGUACGCAGGGCUGUCUCGUGUGGGAAACUGGAAUCCAUUUUAGAUUCAUCUGCUGGGGAGUGGUCUUUAUAUGUAGCAAGGAGGUUGGCAGACUUAGGGUUAAAUUGCUGUGAGCGAAAAAGUAGGGAUAGGCCCGAAUUGACACCAACUCUUGUAAGGGAGCUGGAGCAGUUGCACACCUUGGAGGAGCGGGCAGUGCCCUCCUUUUUCUUAUGUCCUAUUUUUCAGGAGCUAAUGUACGACCCUCAGGUGGCUGCAGACGGGUUUACCUACGAAGGAGAGGCCAUACGGGGAUGGUUGGAAAGUGGUCGGGAUACUUCCCCAAUGACCAAUUUGAAACUAAGCCACUUAGAGCUAACUCCCAACCAUUCACUGCGCCUGGCCAUCCAAGAUUGGCUUUGCAAGCUGUAACCCCGCCACAAAUGUCUGUAAUCUUGUUAAUCAUACAUGUAUUACAUCUGUAUAGUAUAUAUUCAUAGGAUGUAAAGCUGGCCAUUAUUGUAAGUUAGAAUGUAGAAGGCAGAUCAAGAAAAUAACCGAAAAAAAAAAACAAUGAAUCCUAACUCUUUGUACUUAGGCAUACUGAACUUUUGAGAAAAUUGUAGAGAAUGAGGCCAAUGUUUGGUUUGAUCUGUUAAGCAGUAAA